GACUACAAACUCUCACUGAACCUCCGCAGAAAUACAAGGACUUCCAAACUGAAUCUCAAGCUCAAGCUUUGAGCUUUCUCAAUCAGUCUCUUUAUCAAAACAUACACACGUACAGAGAUUCCAAUAUCAAAUCAAACUUCCUGGUUUUAGUUUGUGUUCUCAGUUGAAGGAGUUCAGCUUGGAAUUAUGAUUCUAGCUGUGGUGGCAUUGCUUCUGUGUGUCUUUCUAGGAGCUUUCGCUCUGAUCCCAUCUGGGAAUACAAAAAAUGUUAAGUCAAAUGCUAAAGCUGAGAAGACAGCCAAGAUAUACACUAAAGCUGAGGUCGCUUUGCAUAAUAAACGAACAGAUUGUUGGGUGAUUAUCAAAAACAAGGUGUAUGACCUUACACCAUAUGUAGAGGUACACCCGGGUGGUGAUGCCAUCCUCGCACAUGCUGGGGAUGAUUCAACUAUUGGGUUUUAUGGGCCACAGCAUGCUAGCCUAGUCUAUGACAUGGUUCACGAAUUCUAUAUUGGAGAUCUGGAGCCUGGAGCCGCUGUAACUAAGUAGUCAAUAGCUUGUAAUAUCAUCUCUUAGGCACCAGCAUUCCUUCUGUAUUCAAAUAAUUUCUAGUUGGUUUCAGUAUUGCGUUUGUCACCUGUUUGCUUAUGAAUUUGGUUUCAAAGUGUUCUUGCAUGAAAACCCCUGAUCUCAUGUGUUCUAGUGAUCACAAUGAUAGUCAA